AUGACCAAAGAGACUAUCGAGAAAGACUUGACGACAGAGCGACCGCAAUGGAUUCUUUCUGCGUAUGGUCCUGGCCGGGACGCACCGGAGCAGCUAUUUGGAGGCAGUGUUCGAGAACAGAGCUUCGAGGAGAUGCGACUGCAUCACGUACUGGCAGCGUCCAAAGGCAGUCCACAGCAGGCACUCAACGAAGCGCAGCAAUUGUAUCAACAGGCCGAGCAGCAGAUCCAGACAACGGUCAGAAAUCUCGACGGUGCGAUACAGUUCAUCAUUGCGGCUGGAAACAGUCAUCCGAAUCGAAUCGAUAUCUGCAAACAAAACACACUGCCCGGCGGCACCACCGGCGAAUUCCUUAAGGAAAAUAGAGCUGAAUCUGCCUUUUCGCAGGCCAGCCCCUUUCAGUCCAAUUCUGGCACCAACUCCUCGAAUCCCUUUUCAAGCCAUGCGCAAUCCUCUUCUCCAUUCGGUGGCAACACUCCAUCCUCCAACACUAGUAGCCCAUUCGGCCAAGCACAUAACUCUGGUGCGAGCACCUUUGGACAGCCCUCGAGUACCAGUGCCUUUGGGCAGCCCAAUGCACUUGGCCAGAAGCCCAGUCCCUUUGGCACGCCCGCGUUUGGACAAGCUUCGCAACCGACAUCGGCGUUUGGACAACCACCGCCAACUACUUCAGCAUUUGGAAAGCCGGCGUUUGGCCAGCCGGCCCAGCCUACUCCAGCUUUCAGCCAGCCAGGCCAGCCCUCGACGACAUCAGCGUUCGGACAGGCGUCAGCACUAGGCCAAAAGCCCAGCCCCUUUGGGGCACCAUCGUUCGGGCAGGCGUCGCAGCCAGCGGGAGGCUCUGGUGCUUUUGGUCAGACGAGCGCAUUGGGACAGAAGCCGAAUCCAUUUGGGAACCCAACCCAGCACCGCAGCCUGCGACUUCGAGCCCCUUUGGACAGCCGACGAAAUCAGCGACGGCCAGCCCUUUCGGACAACCUGCCCAGGGUGCCGGUGCAAGUCCUUUUGGACAGCCUGCGCAGCAGCCCGCAGUGA